AUGUCGAAUUUGAAUCAAACUUCAUCCGAGGAGGCAGUUUUAUUUGCACGCGGUUACAAAUUUCUAAAAAAGCUGGGUGAAGGUGCUUAUGCAAAGGUAUAUUUGGCGGAGUACAAACCGGAAGCAGAUCCAGAAAAGAACAGUACUUUGGCGUGUAAGGUUAUAGACACUGGGGUAGCACCGAAGGAUUUCGUACGAAAAUUCCUUCCUCGAGAACUUGAUAUCUUGGUGAAAUUGAAUCAUCCACAUGUGGUGCACGUGCAUAGCAUAUUCCAAAGACGUAACAAAUAUUUCAUAUUUAUGCGUUACGCUGAAAACGGCGAUCUCCUGGAAUUUAUUCUGAAAAAUGGUGCUGUUGCAGAAGGACAGGCGCGUAUAUGGUUCCGUCAGCUUGCACUUGGACUUCAAUAUUUACAUGAAAUGGAAAUUGCUCACAGAGAUAUGAAAUGCGAGAAUGUUCUUUUAACAUCAAAUCUCAACGUGAAGCUUGCUGAUUUUGGAUUUGCUCGCUAUGUGAUAGAUAAUCGAGGUAAACGUGUUUUAAGCGAUACUUACUGCGGUUCUUUGUCCUACGCUGCUCCAGAAAUCCUUCGUGCUUCCCCGUACAAUCCCAAGAUUGCGGAUCUUUGGUCCCUUGGUGUUAUCUUAUACAUACUGUUGAAUAAAUCGAUGCCUUUCGAUGAUACUGACAUAAAACGCCUGUAUGAGCAACAAACUAAUCGCAAAUGGAAGUUCCGUAGUAAAGUUGCAGAAACAUUGAGCGAGCAAGUAAAAAAGUUGGUGUCUCGUCUUCUGGAACCUGACGUCUCUAAACGAUGGAAACUAGAUCAAAUUAUCAGUAGUGAAUGGAUUGCUAUGGAUCCUAGGCUUCUAGUACUUUCACAUGCUGAACAGGCUGCUCUUAAUAAUGCCAUGCAAGAGAGGAAAAAAAUUGAAGAGAAAUUGUCUACGAAAGAUCCCAAGCUGUUUAAGGUGGAGGAGAAGAAGAAAAUAAACGCAAAUACAAUGAAAUCGAAACCCGUUGAAGACGUUACCGUAAUUAAGAAAGCCGCGAGAGUUUCAAUGUCUUCUGUUGCUGCUGGACCUAUAUUCAAACGUACUUAG